UUUACAAAGUUCGGAAUCAUUUUUAAAUUUACAUUUGUUAACAACACUAAUUUGAGACAAUGCCUCUUGAAGUAAAUGGUGUCGAAAAUCCUGACAAAAGUAAAGAUUUGGGCAUAUCUUUUACGAAAGGUAAUGUGUUUGGAGGGACGUCACUUGAAGGAAUUAGAGAUGCCGGUGAUUUUCCAAAACCCAUAGGUCCGUCUUACGAUGCCGCUUCUGCGAGCCUCGGAGUUUUUAGCGAGGCUGGCCACAGCGCUGGUAUAACUGCGGCUCACCGUCCAGAUUUCGGUAACCAAGUAACCGCCGCUGCCAACCUUAAUGUCCUAAACAAAGGUAACCACAAAGUUGACGUCAAUACCUUCACCACGAAGAACUUCCCAAUUGGACCAACCCCAAACUACUCUGUCCAUGGAGCUGGAGUUAAUUAUCAAUACAAAGACAUUGCCCAAGUCGGCGCUUCUGUGGCUCGUACACCGAUCGCGCAAAGAACAGAUUACUCCAUCUCCUCAGGACUGAAGCUGCACCAAACACCUACAUCGUCUUUCAGUGCUAACAUCGGUGCAUCGAAGUUCGACGCACCAUAUAGCAAAGGCAACUGGACACCGAAUGCUUUCUUCCAUUAUCAGAAGAGAUUUUAAAAAAUGUACCAUAGAUUUAAAAUCUAACCUUUGAUAUUAAAUA